GUACCAGCAGUAGGGCCGGUUGGCCAAUAAAGCCGGAGAGACUCGGCUCAAGCACCCUCAUUGGUAAGCGAGGGACUUAGGCAGAGAAAGGCUCUCUCUCUUCAUUUCUCUCGCUUCCUUCAGCAAAUUCCUCAUUUCUCUGCAAUGGCUUUCUCAGAUUCUCAUCGCCAAUCCCUAAUCCCUAGCUUCCUCUACUCCGCUUCCUCUGCAAAAACCCUCUCUGUCUCUAAACUCCUCCACUCAAACCUCGUCGAACCAUAUCCUUCUUCAUCGCCGUCACUUAUGAGAACGUCUGGUAGCUUUGUGAUCCCCUCUCCCAGCGAGCCAGGAAAGAUAGAGAUGUACUCACCUGCUUUCUACGCUGCUUGCACGGCCGGAGGUAUUCUUAGUUGUGGACUUACUCACAUGGCCGUCACACCUCUUGACCUUGUUAAGUGCAAUAUGCAGAUUGAUCCUGCAAAGUACAAAAGCAUCUCAUCUGGUUUUGGAGUUCUUCUCAAGGAGCAGGGUGUUAGAGGCUUCUUCAGGGGUUGGGUGCCUACCCUCCUUGGCUAUAGUGCUCAGGGUGCCUGCAAAUUUGGAUUCUAUGAGUUUUUCAAGAAAUACUACUCUGAUAUUGCUGGGCCAGAGUACGCUGCCAAGUACAAGACCUUGAUUUAUCUUGCUGGUUCUGCAUCUGCUGAGGUUAUUGCAGAUGUUGCCCUUUGUCCUUUUGAGGCAGUAAAGGUUCGAGUUCAAACUCAGCCUGGUUUUGCUAGAGGCUUGGCAGAUGGGCUUCCCAAAUUUGUUAGAUCUGAGGGCACAUUAGGGUUGUACAAAGGUAUUGUUCCUCUUUGGGGGCGUCAAAUUCCAUACACAAUGAUGAAGUUUGCAUCUUUUGAGACCAUUGUUGAGAUGAUUUACAAGCAUGCCAUCCCGACACCAAAGGACCAAUGCAGCAAACCCGUACAGCUGGGUAUUAGUUUUGCUGGUGGUUAUGUUGCUGGUGUUUUCUGUGCUAUUGUAUCUCAUCCUGCUGAUAAUCUUGUCUCUUUCCUCAACAAUGCUAAAGGCGCAACUGUUGGUGAUGCUGUGAAGAAGCUAGGUUUGUGGGGCCUGUUUACCCGUGGACUUCCUCUCCGUAUUGUCAUGAUUGGUACUCUUACCGGAGCCCAAUGGGGUAUCUAUGAUGCAUUCAAAGUUUUUGUGGGAUUGCCUACAACUGGUGGUGUUGCUCCUCCUGCUCCUGCCGCAACUGAGCUUGCAAAGGUGUAAAUUUGGAGAUAAGAAGAAUUAUCUUUUGUGGUGUUUUGUGGAAGCUGGGAAAUCUAUAGGUUAAUAAACAUAGGAUUAACGACUCUCAAGUUGAAGAUUAUUCUUUUGCAUUCAGUUAUUGCUUCAAUUUUUGUCAUUUUGACUAAUUUUGUAUGCAGAAGGAUGGUUUUGUUUUCAUCCUUCUAUAAUGAAUACAUUUUGCUAGUUAGAUCUCAUAUGAAUUUCAUUUUGAUGUUAGGAUCCACAGUAUCCCCUGUCAAAGACAACCAAAAAUAAUGGGCAGAUGGGGGGAUAUAUUCUGUUCUGUCCGCAUUUCUUGCGAUGCUUUUGCUAUAUGAGAAUACACAUUUUUGCUAUGUGGACGCAUUA